UUUCCCCACGUGUCUGCCGCCCAGGGGAGGCGCCUGAGCCGGAGCGGGCCAGCCAACUGGCCAGCCAACGGUUGGGCCCGGUCGGUGCUGAGGGUCUUGGCGGCGCCCGGGAGCGGUGCGGGUUCCCGAUGCUCCCGCGCCGGCUGCCGCGGGCCGGACUGUGCGCUUAGUGCCCGGCUCUGGCCCCCUGAAGCGUCCGCGGGGGUGGGAGCGGCCUCGGCCCCUCGGAGACGGAGCGGCUGGAGGACGAGGCGGCGGCCGCGGGGAGGAGGAUGGGGGCCAACCAGUUAGUGGUGCUCAACGUGUACGACAUGUACUGGAUGAACGAGUACACCUCGUCCAUUGGAAUUGGAGUCUUUCAUUCAGGAAUUGAAGUAUAUGGCAGAGAAUUUGCUUAUGGUGGCCAUCCUUACCCCUUUUCUGGAAUAUUUGAAAUUUCCCCAGGAAAUGCUUCUGAACUAGGAGAAACAUUUAAAUUUAAAGAAGCUGUUGUUUUAGGGAGCACUGACUUCCUAGAAGAUGAUAUAGAAAAAAUUCUAGAAGAACUGGGAAAAGAAUACAAAGGCAAUGCCUACCAUUUGAUGCACAAAAACUGCAAUCACUUUUCUUCAGCUUUAUCAGAGAUUCUUUGCGGGAAAGAGAUUCCUCGCUGGAUCAAUCGACUUGCCUACUUCAGCUCCUGCAUCCCCUUCCUACAGAGUUGCCUCCCCAAGGAGUGGCUCACGCCCGCAGCCCUGCAGUCCAGUGUCAGCCAGGAGCUCCAGGACGAGCUCGAGGAGGCGGAGGACGCUGUCGCCUCCGCUUCCAUGGCAAGCACUGCAGCAGGCCCCCGGCCCGGGCGCCACACCAAACUAUAAAUGUCUCCAAAGUCACACAUUCAGAACUGUCUCUGGCAGUUGAAUAUCACUGGAGGAAAGUAAAAGAGUAAGCGUCCUUUGGAUGUUUUGUAUGCAAAGAUGGCUCUCCCCCAAGUCCCAGUUUUUCAGCUCAGGAUUAUAUUUGUAAUCAAAUCACUUGGCGCAGGAGGGAGAACUUUGUAUGAAGCUGCCCUCUGUUUUUUUUACCCACUUGUAAAUUUGGAUUUACUUCUUCUGUUUUAUACAAGCUCUGUUAAGUUAUGUUUACAGUAUUUUGUAUCGCUGUUUACAAAUCUUGCAUGGACUCCUGCCACCGUGAAAGAAGAAAAUCUUCAUGUCUUCAGAGAUGAGGCAGGUAACCUUCGUACACUUCUGACAAUUGCCAGAGCUAUGGCAUAAAUACUAGGCACACAGAAAGGUACUUACACAAUUGUCGUCCCGUUACCUGCUUCAGAUUGUCUUUUAGGUCAGCGUUCACUUUUGUCGAGGUGUUGGCACAGGAUGCGGAGAGGUCAAGGGGCACACGCAGCCCUGAGGGCUCGGAACCUUGUCUGCGGGAGAGCUGGCCGGACCUCGGGCCUGGUUCCUCUUAGCACCCCGCUCCCGCCCGCUCCCAGUGGCCCGUCCGAGGUCCUCAUCGAGCGGUCGCUGUCAUCCCGGUUGUCCGUCCACCUAGGCAGGGUGGCACAUUAUUGUAUCCGUCUGGCUUCGAUGCCUCUGAUUCUGUAAUUAAGAUGUUUUUCGUUAUAUUUUUGCUAGUAACUGACAAGAGGUUUUGCACAUGUGUUGGGAGGGGCUUCAUUGUUAUUUUACUACAUAUCGAUAUCCUCCCUGCACAGGAUUUUAUUGAUGAGGUAGGAGUAUCCUAAAUGGUAGCCUUCUGAAUAGCAGUAUGAGUUGACUUUCAACUGCUUUUAAUUCUUCAGGCUGCCUUUUAUACUAGACCUUAGAAACUAGUUAGAAUAACACACUCCAAAAGUAAUUCUUUGAUAUUUCAAACAUUUUAUGUACCAGGUAAGAGUAUGUUGAGUUUAUUAGUUUGUUUUGGGAGUAGUUUCACCUCACAAUAGAAAGCCUAGUCUCAUCGACUUCUUAUUUAAAAAUCACAUUUGGGCAUCUUAGAAUCCAUCUUUUUCUCUUCUCUCAAAUGUAUGUCUCUCAUAUAACAUACUCUAAGGAUGAAAUAGAGGUAGUCACCUCGUUUGCAAGGCAACGGUCUGCUCAAGUCCACUCCCAGUUUGACCUUGGGAUGUAAGAGCCAAGUCAUUACAUGUCACAUUCGAUUUUUCUGCCUUAAGAAUGACUGUCCUACAGAAAAUACUGGAUGCAGUGUAGAAAUUAUCGAAGGCAGUGACUUCAGCUUUAUAUAUAUUGUUAGUUUUAAAGUCAUCUACUUUUAUUUAAACUUCUAAAUAGCUAUUUCUCUUUGUAAAGAUACGUAUCUUUUAGUAAACUACAUUUUUUACCUUUUCCAUAAGCUGAUUUUGAUUCAUUUUAUCAACUUAAGCGCACCCUGUUCACAGGGAAAAUAAACCUUGAGUUACAAGCAUUGACCUGAGGAAAAGGAAGCCACUUAACUAAUUUAUGCUUGACUGUUCUCUUUCUGGAGGGGAAGCCUCUACAAAUUACUCUCAGAUCUUUAGUGGGGGCAGAGCGCUUGUUUGAAGAGAUGACAGAAGAAUAUAUGACCUUCGUGAAAACUAGACUUGGUUCGGGUCUAAAAGUGAGAUUUAGAAUAGAACAGUAAGACUCUAGCAGUGAAUUUGUUCACUCAAGAGUCUUAUCAACAAAACCCAGGUUAGUGAAAACUGUUUGCUUUUUUUUUUUUUUUUUUAAUAAUGUGAUAGGUUAGUUUUUUCUAAUGCAUCCGGAUGUACGUGACUUAAAGCUGGGCUACUGACACGUAAAGGAGUGGCCAUCCGUUAGAAACUUCUUGGUGAAAAGCCAAGAACAUCUCAUCUGUACUUUUCCAGAAUCCAGCACCUCAGCACACAAACGAUUUGUUAUUUUGUUGUAUUUACUUCAAUCUGCAGCAUUUGGAGUUUUAAAAUAGUGUGAAGGGUCCUAGUAGAAGUAAGUCGUGGCCUGUGGCCAAUUAUCACAUUAACAGCAGAUAAAAUUCUGGAAGCGAGAUCGCUUAAGGUUGAGAAAUAAAGAAAUUUAGAAAACUUCAUUUGACUCUCUGCGGUUCAAAACUGAGAAUGGGUUUAAUUAACUAGCAUUUAGCUAGCUUUUCCUUGCCGUUAGAGGCAAAGAAUCUUGUUUUCUAUCUGAUCUCUGUUAAGAAAAAUUCCAUAUAGAAAUCCAAUCAUUGAGAUACAUGUGACAUGGUGGAGUCAGAGAUUCUCUUUGUAGCUGCAACCAAGUGAACGAAGCCUGUUUCUCAUGGGUUGGGCAGUGAUAGAGCAUGAGAGGGUCAGAAGCUGCUGGUCUCUACCGUUUGUUUUACAUGCUCUUGGGGUUUUUUCCCAACCCUACUAAGGGGGCGUCAGCUUUGGGAAGAGUGGCCUGUGAGCUGUAGAAGGCAGUGAUGCGGUAGUAGAGAGGGAGCCUCCGCCCGAUGCCUGACGUCCAGCCAGCUGUUGGCCUGACCCACAGCAACGGCGCGAGUUACUUCACCAGCAUCUGUGCAGAGCAGGGAGUUCUGAUCUCGACCGAUCGCUGGCGUGGCGUGUGUGCGGGGCCAGCACCCCAGACGGCGGCCGGGCUCGUAUCCGUGGCUUCUUUCCAUCACCGCGAGGCGGGUGGAAGCACAUUCACUGCUCCAGGGUUCUCAUCUGUGCGUCGUCUCACGGCUCCGUUUCUGUACGAUACCCCGGCUUCGGUACGUGCCGUCGUCAUUUCCCGCGCGGUGUCACAGCGCAGCUCCGUCACUAGACUGUCGUUGCCUACUCAGUCAACACACAUGCGCUUUCACUGUGCGGAAGGUGUCACCGCUGUUAAAGAAUCUUCAUGAACCUGGAGAUAAUUUCUUGUGAAGUUGAAUGCAACUGUACUGUCAUUCAUAGUGUUUAUAUGAAAAAUACCGGGAAUCUUCACUUUUGCUACCUUGGAAUAGCCUUGGGCUAUCAUGUUAUCAACAUUGAAAUACAUCGAUUUAUUAAAAACUACUUUUAUAAGAAA